ACUUGUAGUCCAAAAUACACAUGGUCCAAUGUCGGAAAGUCUUUUCAAAAGUUUCAUCCUCUUUAAGACAACACCACUGAGCUGAUAUUAAUUCAGUUGUCUUUGCUUGACUCUCUAGUUCCUCUUUCUAGCCAUGGGCAAAGCUCCUUGCUGUGACAAAGCCAACGUAAAGAAAGGGCCAUGGUCGCCUGAAGAAGAUAACACUCUCAGAAGUUACCUUGAGACAUAUGGAACUGGUGGCAACUGGAUUACCCUACCCCGCAAAGCUGGUCUUAAACGAUGUGGUAAGAGUUGUCGCCUAAGGUGGCUUAAUUAUCUCAGACCAGACAUCAAACUUGGAGGUUUUACCCAAGAAGAAGACAACAUCAUAUGCGAUCUCUAUAAAACCAUUGGAAGCAGAUGGUCUACCAUAGCUUCAAAACUGCCCGGAAGAACAGACAAUGAUGUUAAGAACCACUGGAACACCAGGUUGAAGAAAAAAAUAUUGUUAGGUGCAGCAGGAAAGAAUGAUGUGAAAUUUUCAGGUUCCAGUGUCCUUCCUUGUCCUGGACCUAAUAGAAACGUUGGAAAGAAUUAUUUGAACAACAGUUCCACCACUACAAUAUCAUCAUAUUCCAUGCACGAUGAGCAAAAUCCAACUGAUUAUCAAUUUGGACAUCUUCUAGGGCACAUGGGAGUUUUGGAUUUUAGCUCAACUAUUGCAUCGUCUUCUCAGAAUGUGUCAAGCUUUUCCAGUUCAUCAUCUUCUUCUUCUGUUUUGGAUCAUCAGAAAUGGUACUCGGAUAUUGAAGAUGAUCAUGGAAUCCUACUUGACUUUGGAUUUGAGGCCUCUCAUGAUGAUGUUAUGAAUUAAUUACUUGCUUUUAGUAGAAACGAAGUGUUUAAUGUAAUAAAAAAUUUAAAGAUUAAGAUGAUCAUCAUAAUGAAUAUUUAUAAUCAGUGUUUAAUGUGUGCUCCCUUAUUAGUGAAGCACAUGCUGGUUUCCAGGCUAGUUGUAUAUUGUUCUGCAGGUUUUUCUUCCUGGACUAAGAUAGUAAUAACUAGAGGUGGCAAUU